GCCACAUUUGGAUCACGGCCGCCCUACAUCCUUGAAGCCGUUGCAAGCUUUUUAGCCGAGUUUCAGGAUGUCAGAAGGCGCCCCGCUCCCAAACAGACCAGCCCACGUGCAGCAGCAACUGCCGUCGCCGACUGGCCGAGUCGGCGGUGUAUCACACGGCACGAUGCGACUGAGUUCGGCGGCGGCCCCCUUCGUGCCGCAGGACGCGCUGCUUGCCAAGGCGGAAAAGUACUACAGCCACCAGGGUCCGAAGGCGACGGGGCCGGUGGUCCCGGACGACGGGGGCGGUGUCACUGCCGCCGUGCUCGGAGCGGCGAAGGGCGCGGGGCGUACGUCCCUGCCCCUCCAGGCGAGCAGCGCGGGCGUGGACCAGCGCCGGGAAAUGCAGAAGCGCGGGCCAGCCGCGCGCUCCCGCCGCCCGUCCCCGGUGUUCGCAAACCUGGCCGCGACGGCUGCCGAAGCGGCGCAGGCGCCAGAGCGGGCGCGGGAGCGGGCGCGCUCGGACUUCCAGGAGGGCGCGCGGCUCCAGGGCCCGGCCUCCGACGACCGCCCCAGGGGACAGCGGCUGGGCCCGGCGGCGGCGCCGGGGCCGCGGCUGCUGCCGGACAGCCCGCGCUACCCGUUCCCGCCGCUGCAGAUGCCUUCGCGGACGCCGUCCCCGUCGGGGAAGUACGGGUACAUGGCGCGCGUGCAGGAAGCGCUGUUCCUGGGCGGGGCCGGCGACGGCGACGAGGCGGAGCGCAUGGCCCAGGCCGAGGACGCGCCCGCCCAGGCCCAGCACGUCGAGGCCGAGGACCGCUUCCAGGAGUUCCUCUACCUGCGCUUCGGGGGCGCGGCCGCGGAGGCCGGCGCGGCCAAGCUGGGGUGCCCCAGCGCCCUGAGCACCGCGACCGCGGGCAGCGGCCUCUGGGUCCCAGGGAGCCCCCAGGGCCCGCGCAGCGCCGCCAGCGUGGCGUCGACGUGCGCGGGCCAGCCCGCGGCGGACCCGGCGCGCCCGGGCCCGGCGAGCGCGCUCCUGGCCGCCGCGCAGGAGUUCCUGGGCUCGCUCAUGGGCUCCGGCGGCGGCCAGGGCGCGGCAGCGGGCGACGCCGCGGCCGACGACGCGGCCGCGGGCCUGGCGGAGGAGGUGCCCGAGUGCGGCGUCACCAUCUGCAGUGGUGACGACGAGGACCCCAGCAAUUCGGUCGACAUGCCGGUCAGGCACACUUUCAUCCAUUUCGACGACGCUUGCUCCAGGGGCAUGCUCAAGGCCAGGACGUCUGCGAGCAGAAACUCCUCCGCACCUGCUACCAUUGAAAGGGUCGAGUUCCGCUUGAAGUACCCAGCAAUGGAGGACGCGCAUAUCAGGGGUGAGUGCAAACCGUGCGCGUACUUUCUCUACAAGGCAGACGGCUGCCGCCAUGGAAACCAGUGCAACUUCUGCCACCUCUGCACGGAGGGCGAGCGCAAGAGGCGGAGGAAGGCGAAGCGGGGCCAACCACUGGCGCUUCCCUAGCAACGAUUGCUCGCGAUUGGUGGCUCGCGAGGCCCAGGCGCUGCCAGCAGUUGCUGUCGACGCUGGCUGUUUUUGCCAGGAGGCUGCGGACAGACGCUCAACUGCACGAAGGCGCCUUGAUUGCCUCCCCAGCACUGAGUCAGCGGCCAGGAGCGGGAGCCGCACAGCAUCGCAUCGGUGCGAGCGCGUAGGUCCCCCCAAAAUAGAUCCUCAGCACCUAGGAACGAGCCCACGCUGCGCAGAGAGCGAUGACUUGCGAGCGUGAGUUCGUGUUGUGUGUGUGUGUGUGUGUGUGUGUGUGUGUGUGCGGGGCAUGUGUGUUGGUCCCAGAGCGCCGCUGUCUCUGUGGAUUCAUGUAAGAGCAGCGGUGAAGUAGCUCCGCUCCUCGCAAUGUUUUUUGUUAUAGCACUCUUAGCUCUGGGUACUCUUAGCCCGAGGGGGUAGCCAUGUAGCUACUGGGACUGCCAUUCUUUGCACUGCGCCCGUCAUAGCAUGCGUCUUAGUCUCUGUCCACGUGUAUGCUGCAUUUUCCAAUUUUCCAUCUGCCUCGCCCCCUCAUCCUCUCACGGAUCGUUUUCCCCCUGUGUUUCUCCUUGCUCUCCCUGUUUGAACACAUUGUCCUGGGGGUUAAGUCUCGUUCGCGUUUCCCGGCUUUAGCUAAUGACGAAGCCUGGCGAGUUUUUCUUUUGUCACUCCUGUGGCGUGCCUUUUUGCGCAGGGUGGGUGCCCUUGCACACAAUACAAGGGCUAUGCUGACGCAGCUUGGCGGUGCUCGACGGCAUCAGACGACUCUGCUCACAAAACAAACACAUGUCGGCGCUCGACAUGGUACGGCGAGGAAUCGUCGCCGUGUCCGACACUGAGCGUGCGCGUCCCGCGCCAAUGCCACUCGGCUGGCACGGUUGCCGGGCACGGGCACUGCGUGUCGCAGCUUUGUUCAACGUGCCUCCUUCGACGGCAGUGCGGAUUUUGGGACUCACGCGUUAUAAUGGCCAAGAUGUUCUCUCGCAACGGGCGCUUCUUUGAAGUAAUCCAGGGGCGCACCCCUCCCAUCCGAUACCUAGGGUAAUCUGAAAUGACCCGCUGAAUCCUCGUGACACUUCUAUUCAAGCGGCUGAAGCCCAGGGCUUCGUGGGGAAGCUGCUGGGCCAUGACAGACGUGGAGGCCAUCUUAGGCACC